AUGGUCGUUGCCCUCUUGUCGAUGUGGGCAAUACAAAUUUUUCUGCGUGCGUACUAUAAAUGGUCCUCAGAGAAUAGUUAUUGGCUUAGAAAAAUAACUCCUUUGUUUUUAAAUGCUUUUGGGAUCACCUUUGUUCAAUACCGCAUGGAGACGUUCAAAUAUCCUGGCGCAUCUUUUAUUCCACUUUUAAUUUACGAAGCUUGCCGAUUGCUAGUGAUGAAAUUGGCCAACAAUAAGAACAGGCGAAAGAUCACCUUAGCUAACUCGAUGAAGAAACAUCUACGUUUGCCCAUGCUUGCGUACAUUCUACGUGGCAGCGAGCUGUUCCAGCAAGAGGCUAUCGCACAAAUAUGCUGGUGGAAACUUCUAGGAAGCGGUUUAGAGACCGUCUAUCGGUUAAUGACCAAUCAGACAAACAGUGAACGUUCAGACCAACAGGACAAUAAUGGGAUUGAAUUUAUGGACAACAACAACCAGUUGGUCAAACUGAAUCGCAGUCAAGUGGCCAUGGACGGUUACUACGUUGAAGGAUAUUACAUUGAUCUAUUCUGUCACUGUUUUUUCAUACUCCUGCUGGCUUGCAAAUAUCCCGAGUUGUGGAAAUGGGUCAUUUUACGCCUCCUCAUAGAGAUCCCAAUCAACUUUAUAAAUGUAUAUAUAUCCAAGCGAACUAUUGAUUUGUGA